AUGGAGUCUCGCAUUCUCAAUAGAGGUCUUAUCGUCGAAUUGUCUCAAGCAAUCGACCGUGGAUGUUCUCAAGUCCGAGACAAGAUCCGGCGCGCAGCGUUCGAAGAACUCAAGAGACUUAAGGGGGAGGAGUUGGUGAUAAUCAUGACAGAUUGCAUAUCAAACGAUAACAGAGAACUUAGACGCUUCGAGGAGCACGCCAACAUUGCUCGUGCAAGGAAUGUCCCCCUUUUCACAAUCAACCUACACUGCGAUGCUGAGGGCUGGUUGUUGUAUGGCAAGACAGACUUGAUCAAUGUCGAUGUUCUAGCCCGACUCCGACAAAACUUCGAGUACAUUGAUGCCGAGAAGAUUCACGAGUAUCCUGAUGUGAAGAUAUUCCACCUCAAUCUAGACAUAUCGGAGAUGUGGGAGGAGGAGGCUGCAGAGAAGAUUCGAGACUUUCUACAGAGUCCGUUCUAA